AUGGCUCGCCCCAUUUCGCUCCUCAAACAUAUCGCCGCAUGGUUUUUGUUCGCAACUGUGGUCUGGUCUUUUAGUAUUUCUCAGGGCGACAUCCUACCCAAUAGUUCGACGUGCAGCCGCUAUGGGCUGAACGGCUGGCAACUCUUGGCCUGCCGCUCGUUGCCCAGCGUCAUGUUCGUCCGCUGCGUCUCCAGCGCCGUGUUCGUCUGCUUCCUGCCCAGGUGGUUCAGCCAAUGGCUUGACAGGUGGGCUGGAGUUUUCGUGAGCGCACGCAUCCUCCGCGCUGCCUGGCGAGGCGCAAGGGACCCAAGGUUGGACCGCCUGAUAGGGCACUGUCGUGAGCCGUGUGACGGGUGCCCAGAGUCACAAUGCGCCAUCUGGUCGGAUCAUAAUACGGUGCUAGGAGUCCUGGAGACCACUGCUUCUGCCUCGGGGGUUCCCAAACUCAAUUAUAACGCAAAGCAGAAGCAGGGAGGCUAG